CUCGCGCUGACACCAUGAAACUUUGGUUUAUAGUGUUUUUUCUCGUGACUUCUACAGUUUCUGGGCGCACCCAUGGUCACAGUUCUAGGCAUGGAGGCUCGCAUAGCUAUCCUCACAGUACUGGUUAUUCAGGAUACGGCAGUGGUGGUUCUCACACGUACCCUCACUCGACAGGAUUAUCGGGUAACUCAAAUAGCGGAAAUGUGAGACAGACCUACACCCAACAGCAUACCGUGAACCACAACUCUUACAGUGCACGCACUGAAGUUCACCACCACUACCACUACAGCCCGCCGCAGCAGAUAAGCUACGGGUCUACCUAUCACCCGGUGUAUCAAGGCCACCCUCCUAUCUACGUGUACGAGUAUCGAGACUCCGGUAGCAGAUUCGACAACUUGCUGACUGGACUGGCGCUGUAUAAUUUGGGACGCAGCAGUCAAAUGCACCACCACUACGAAGCUGACAGACAGUAUAGUGGAAGCCCAGGAGAGAUAUGCAAGCUGGGCAUCAGUAAACAAACUGGUGAGUACGAGGAAACUCGGAUCAACUGUAAUUUAAUAUCGAGCUUUAUUCUGGAGGACGCGUCGAGCUCAUCGUGGAAUAACCAACAGCAACAACAUAUCGUGAAGAAUACAACUCAAGUGACACAAACUGUGAACGGCACGGGAAAUUCUUCAGUCACUACAGUGACUGUAACCAGCAAUACGGUUGAGGAUGCCUUGAAAGUGAAAGGCCCCUCAAUAGCAGUCACCCCAGGCAUGACUUGCUAUAUGAUCAGGAUCUUCAGGGACACAACUUCUUUCCGGAAACCCGUGGAUUGUGGACUUUUGCAAGAAUAUGCGAGAAGUUCUUUACAUCGUAAUAGUGAAUUACGAUUGGAGCCAUGUAUUGUAACACUACUAUUCAAUUUUUUGAUAGCUUAUUUAGUGCGAUGUAACUAAAGAAGCGCUAAAUUUUUAUUGAAACUUUCGACUAAUGUUAUGAGGAUUUAACAAGCACAUCUCUCGCGG